UCAUCCUCCUCGUACCGUCAGUGCACAGUUGGAUGUAACACGUUAAGGGGACGAAACAUCCACGUCGUACGCACCUUCCGGUGAAUUCACGAGAAACUGACGGAUGUCCGGUCUUCUGAACAAGCAAAUCUUAUCAUUCGCUAUGGAGAACAUACACGCGCCAAAUCGAAUUGAUGCGAUUCGCAUCGACAGCGGCAAAACCACCACCAAUUUUGCGAAAGAUGCACCGAAGAUUCCGAGAUAUUCGUUAGCCGAUUCGGCUGUCGGAUCGAACAGCGGUAUGGAUUAUCACAUCGAAAUAAUUAAUAAGGAUGACAAAUUAAGGGUGCUGAAAUUCCUGAGAAGAUUCUUCUUCAGAGAUGAGCCGCUCAAUAAGAGUAUCCAAUUGAUUCCGGAGGGUGAAGAUAGUACAUGCGUGGAACUAGAAGAGUAUUGCAGUAACUCCUCUCUCGAAAAUAACUUGAGUCUAAUGGCAGUUUCUACAAGUGGUACAAUUGUUGGAGUUCUGCUUAACGGCAAAAUGGGUCCCCUGUCAGACGAAGAACCAGAAUACAUACGAUUAUGUAAAAACGCAAAAUUUAAAAAGAUAUUGAAAUUAUUACACCACUUAGAUAAAGGUGUAAAUAUGGUUGGACAAUUUCGGGAUUCCAACGUCUUAGAAGUCAGAAUAGUUUCGGUGGACAUAAAUUGGCGAGGCAAGGGUAUCGCGAAAACUCUCAUAGAAAAAGCAGGAGAAAUCGCAAAGCAACAAGGAUUUCAUUAUCUUAGGGCAGAUUGUACAUCUUUAUUUUCUGCUAAGAUAUGCGAACGACUUGGUUUCGAGCAAAUAUACAAGAUUAAUUAUAGCGAUUACGUGGAUGAAGAUGGAAAGCCAAUUUUUUCACCAGCCUCACCUCACUUAGCGGCUGCCACAUAUGCGAAGAAAUUAUAGAGUAAAAAGGAUGGAAUGCAAAAAACAGUUAUAUUUGAUCACUAUAAUGAGCGAAAAUUUAAUAUAAAAAAUGACAAUAGGAUGUUAUAUUCAAAAUGUAUAGGUAAAAUCUGCAUUAUAAAAAGAGCAAUAAGUGAAAACAUUUUAUAACUUACUGUACAAUACAUAUAUAAAAAUUACAUAUCAUACAAGUGUAAUAUUAUAUAAAUGAUGUAAUAUUUAAUAAUUGUAAAUACGUUAUUUCGAAAAACUCCAUUAGAUUUGCGAUAGAAUAGGUACGUCAACAUGCGCAUAAAAUUGUUAUAUUAUUAGGCGAUUUUUGGCGAUCGUUUGGUACAUGUACCAAAGUGUACCAAUAUGUACCAGAGCGUUUUCGAGUGUUUGGUACUUUUUGGUUAAGGCGUGGCUAACCAUUUUGGUACAUUUCUGGUUGAUACCAGCUAUACCUUGCAACGAAGUAAGGUAGUUUUUUCCAAAUCUGCGGUAUGAGAAAAGAGAAAAGAACCAGUCCGUUUUAGCGUUCAUAGUGGUACAUGAUAGUGGUACAUCGUAUCAAGAUAAGCUCCAUCCCUACCAAUAUCAACCUUGGUACAUGUACCAAACGAUCGCCAAAAAUUGCCUAUUAUACGCAAACGUAAUCAAUAAUAUGUAUGUAUAUAAUUUAAAUUUGUAAAUGUAAAGAAUGUAAAUUUUAUUUUC